UCAGCUCCAGAACUCUCGCAUGGUGAUCCAGGAGAGAGACCGUGUGAUCAAAGAGCUGGAGGAGAAAGUGGCGUUCUUGGAAGCUGAGAACCGAGAAAUGCAUGACCAGAUGGACUACUUCCUGGGGGAACAAAGGUCAAAUCCCUACUCUUCAUCGGAGCAUACUCCCCAGAUCGUCUAUAGUAAACCACUUAAGCUGUCCUCCUCAUCUAACAAACCACUGCCUUUAAUGAAAGUCAUCGAGAUCAAGUCAUGAAGUGACUCUGCAGAAGAAAGACAAUUCUGGAGUGAAGAGCUCAGAACCACCGAAUCUUUUCAAUGCAGACUGAAACCAAACAGUAGUGUUGCUACCGUAUUAGAUCACAUAAAUCUCUGGAAUAUCAGAGCUGAACU